UCUCGGCUCGCCCGGUCGCCAGGCUGCGCGGCGGGACCGGAGGGCGCGGGCCAGGAGGCGGCGGCGGAGUCUGGGCCGGGCUGCCUGGGGCGCCCAAGCGCCGUACGCCCAGCGAGUCGCGGGGCAGCCAUGGCAGAGGCUGCGCUGCAGCAGCUGUCGCUGCCCUCGGGGCUGCUGGAACUGUGCGCGCUGCUGGGAGCCUCCCGGGACAGCCUCCGCGGCCUGGAGCAGGUUGCCCAGAGAAAGGGACUCAAAAAUCUUUCUUCUCUUGAUCCAGAGGUUCUGUCUGUUUUUGUGCCUCCUUUUGUCAACAAAGAGGACAGUCAAAUGGCCGGUGCCAACUGUGCCACUCUGGGUAAAGGCAGACGGCGCUCCUUCAGGAAGAAGAGGGAUAGGCCCAAGCCGGAGCACUGGAAGGGGCUCCCGGGGGACCCCAAAGUGCCGGACUCCGAGGACGUCAGUGUCCCGGGUGGCGUGGACCUCCUCGCCCUGCCCCAGCUGUGCUUCCCAGGGGGCAUGUGUGUGGCCUCUGAGCCCAAGGAGGAUCGGGUCCACUUCCUGGUGCUGACCGACAUCUGUGGGAACAGGACCUAUGGCGUGGUUGCCCAGUUCUACCGGCCCCUGCACGAUGAGUACUGUUUCUACAACGGAAAAACACACUGGGAGUCAUCCCGGCCGACCUCGAGCGCUGCUGGCUGCUUCGUGCCCUUUGCGGUGUGUGUGGUCUCCAGAGUCCCCUAUUACAACUCCCUGAAGGACUGCCUCUCCUGUUUAUUGAUUCAUCUGAAGCUCUGUAAAGAUUUUGAAGUUGACAACCCUAUAAAAGAUUUUGCUGCAAAACUUUCUUUGAUACCCAGUCCACCACCUGGACCACUCCAUCUGAUCUUCAACAUGAAGCCUCUACAGAUCGUGUUUCCUUCACGGGCUGACCCCGAGAGCCCCGUCAUCGACCUGGACCUGCACCUACCUCUGCUGUGUUUCCGCCCUGAGAAGGUGCUGCAGAUCCUGACGUGCAUUUUGACGGAACAGCGGGUCGUGUUCUUCUCCUCGGACUGGGCGCUGCUGACGCUGGUGGCCGAGUGCUUCAUGGUGUACCUGCACCCCCUGCAGUGGCAGCACACCUUUGUGCCCAUCCUGUCCGACCAGAUGCUGGAUUUUGUCAUGGCGCCCACGUCCUUCCUCAUGGGCUGCCAUCUCGACCACUUCGAAGAAGUCAGCAAGGAAGGUGAUGGCUUAGUUCUGAUAAACAUCGAUCAUGGCAGCAUCACCUACUCUAAGUCCUCGGACAACGACAUUCCCGACAUCCCUCUGCUGGCCGCACAGAUGUUCAUUCAGAGGAUCCAGGGCCUCCAACUCCACCAUGAGCUGCAGCUGGCUCACUGCAGCUCCAGCACGGACCUGAAUGAGGGCCAAGCCCGCAGACGGGCCUGGCAGCAGCAACUCAACUCCCAGAUCCAGCAGGCGACCCUGCAGCUGCUUGUCAGCAUCUUCAGGGAAGUGAAGAAUCAUUUAAAUUAUGAACAUAGAGUAUUUAAUAGUGAAGAAUUUCUCAAAACAAGGGCUCCAGGGGACCAGCGGUUUUAUAGACAGGUGUUGGACACCUACAUGUUUCAUUCUUUCCUUAAAGCCCGGCUCAGUAGGAGGAUGGAUGCCUUUGCUCAGAUGGACCUGGACACCCAGUCUGAAGAGGACAGAAUAAACGGGACGCUUAUAAGUCCACGAAGACCGACGGUUGAGAAAAUAGCCUCGAGGAAGCCCUCGGCCCUGCACGCCGCCUACCGGCGCAUGGUGGUCAGCAUGCCCAACCUGCAGGACAUAGCCACCCCCGAGCUGGUGCCCAGGAACUCGUCACUGCGGCUGCUGGACACUGCGGGCUGCAGGGACAGCAGCACAGUUCUGCAUGAAGCCCCUAAGCCCACGUACACAUUCAAGAUUCCAGAGAUCCACUUCCCCUUGGUGGGCCAGUGUGUCCAGGUGUAUUACGCUGACUUCGUGGAGCUGCUGAGUAAGGCCAUGAGCUUUCUGGCCCCUGAGAACUCUGUGCUCCUGGCCAGGUACUCCUACCUGCGAGGACUUGUGUAUCUGAUGCAAGGACAGCUGCUGAAUGCCCUCUCGGAUUUCCAGAAUCUGUACAAAACAGAUAUACAGAUUUUUCCCGCUGACCUGGUUCGGAGGACGGUGGAGUCUCUGUCCGCUCCUGAGCGCACCCAGGCUGAGCGGAUGCCUGAGCUGAAGAGGCUCCUUAGCCAGGUCCUGGAUGGGCCGGGAGAGUCUCCAAAGACAGACGACCACGUGAAGAACUUCGAGCUUCCCAGGAAGCACAUGCAGCUGGAGGACUUCGUGAGGAGGGUGCAGGAGUCGGGCAUCGUGAAGGACGCCCAUGUCAUACACCGGCUGUUUGAGGCGCUGACUGUAGGGCAGCAGAAACAAAUUGACCCAGAGACAUUCAGAGAUUUCUACAACUGCUGGAAGGAGACGGAGGCUGAGGCCCAAGAGGUCAGUCUGCCUUGGCUGGUGAUGGAACAUCUGGACAGAAACGAGUGCGUUUAUAAGCUGUCAACUUCCGUCAAGACAAGCCUAGGCGUCGGCAAGAUCGCCAUGACCCAGAAGCGCCUGUUCCUCCUGACGGAAGGGAGACCGGGCUAUGUGGAGAUUUCCACCUUCAGAAAUAUAGAGGAAGUCAAAAGUACCACAGUUGCUUUUCUACUUCGGAGAAUACCUACUUUGAAAAUUAAAAUGGUGUCCAAGAAAGAAGUCUUUGAAGCCAACCUUAAAACAGAGUGUGACCUUUGGCACCUGAUGGUGAAGGAGAUGUGGGCAGGGAAGAAGCUGGCCGAUGAGCACAAGGACCCUCAGUACAUCCAGCAAGCGCUGACCAACGUGCUGCUGAUGGACGCUGUGGUCGGUACACUGCACUCGCAAGGGGCUAUUUAUGCUGCCUCCAAGUUAUCUUACUUCGACAAGUUGAAGCAUGAACUGCCCAUGGCAGUCCCAAAGACAACCUCGGAAACACUGAAGCACAAGAUCAAUCCUUCCGCUGGGGAGACAGCCCCGCAGGCCAUCGACGUCUUGCUAUACACGCCAGGGCACCUUGACCCAGCAGAGAAAGUUGAAGACGCUCACCCCAAACUAUGGUGCGCCCUGAACAACGGCAGAGUCAUUGUGUACGAUGCUUCCUCCUGGACAGUCCACCAGCACUGCUUCAAAGUGGGCACUUCCAAACUGAACUGCAUGGCGAUGGUGGAGCACAGCCAGGUGUGGAUGGGCUCGGAGGACUCCGUCAUCUACAUCAUCAACGUCCACAGCAUGUCAUGCAACAAGCAGCUCACGGAUCACCGCUCCAGCGUCACGGGCCUCCUGGUGCCCAGCGUGCAGAUGGUGCCCAGGGAGGUUUAUUCAUGCAGCCUGGACGGGACGGUGCUGGCAUGGAAUGUGAGCACGCUGCGGGUGACCAGCCGGUUCCAGCUGCAGUGCGGAGGCCUCACGUCCAUCAGACUGCACAGCGGCCGCCUGUGGUGCUGUGCAGGUAACAGCAUCCUGGCUGUGACCACCAGUGGCUUUCUCCGUCAGGAGGUGAAGAUGGAGGAGAACUUUAAGGAGAUGGGCACACCCUUCCUGGCCUUCCAGAUCCUCCCCGAGCAGGAGCAGCUGUGGGCGGCCUGUGCAGGGCGCAGUGAGGUUUACAUCUGGAGUCUGAAGGACCUGGCCCAGGACCCCCAGAGGGUGCCCCUCCAAGACUGCUCUGAUAUCAGCUGCAUGAUCAGGGUGAAGAAGCAGAUCUGGGUGGGCAGCAGAGGGCUGUCUCAGGGGAAGCCCAAAGGGAAGAUCUACGUGAUCGAUGCCGAGACGAGGUGUGUUGAGAAGGAGCUGGUGGCACACGCAGAUGCCGUGCAGACCCUGUGCUCGGCCGAGGACAGAUAUGUGCUGAGCGGGUCAGGUGGGGACGAGGGCAAGAUUGCCAUCUGGAAGGUGGAGUAGACACGGUGAACAUGUUCUGUGAGCGAGGACCAUGGGCUUCUCACCUGCUGUCUGCAGCUUCCCAGGGGCAGGCGCCCCAGGGGGCUGGGAGGAGGCAAAGCACGCCCUAUGUCACAUGCCCUGCGUCCCCCAGGAGGUGACGCACGCCCCGCGGAGCACAUCCCCUUCUGGGCUGUGAUGAGCAGCCACCACACACCCUCUCUCCGACAAUCCCGCUCUCUGGUCAAACUGCACCAAGAGAGUGAUGUUGGGCUCCUCAGCGAAGAGCUCUCCUCAUUUGCGAUGACCUCUGCUGAGAAGCUACUUCCUCUGUUGUCUACAAGGUUCCAGAACCCACCACCAGGGGCCAGCAGUGCGGCUGAAUCACAUGUGACCUUCAUGCCUCCAGCCCUGCCCUUCCUUUAGCUCCUCCCUCAUUCACUCACCUGGUCCUUCCUAAUGGCCAGGGCAACAGAGCUCUCUGGCCUCCCACGGACACCUUGUUCCUGGAGUAUUUUACCAUAACCACUUUGUGGUCUGUACACUGUCAGAGCAGGUGACCCCCACCCAGGGAAGAUGACAACGGUCAGGUGUGUCCACACAGGGGUUGGGUCAGCUCAGGUGAGCUCUGCCUUGGAUUUUUCUCCUUAUUUUAGAGACAGGAUAUUGCUGUGUUUCCCAAGCUGGAUUCAAGCUCCGGGGCUUAAGCCAUGCUCCUCCCUCAACCUCCCAAGCAGCCGGGACUACAGGCACGUGCUACCAUAUGUGGUUUCUUUUUAAUUAAUAUGAAAAUGUUUAUAAUGAAGAGCCCCUGAGGCCUGGUGCGGGGCUCACACCUAUAAUCCCAGUGUCCUGUCAUCCUCUGAGGCAGGAGGAUCACUGGAGACCAGGAGUUUGAGACCAUUCUAAGAAAGAGCAAAACCCCAUCUCUACAUUCCAGCUACUUGGGAAGCUGAGCUAGUUGGAUCGCUUGAGUCUAGAAGUUUGAGUUUGCAGUGAGCUAUGAUGGUGCCGCUGCACACUCCAGCCAUGGUGAUAAAGUGAAACUCUCAAAAGAGAACUUUCUUCCUACCAAAGACCACAAAAGGUUCCAUCCAUCAUAAAUAGCAUGUGGGAUUUGGUUUUCCAGGAAAGACAUUAUCAGGUCCCGGUGUACAUGUCAGUCCCAUUAGCAUCUCGUGUGUGUGUUGUAUGUAUACAAUGCUUAAUUUAACUGGAAAAGAUACUAGCUGAAAAUAACUGUUUGCAAACCAGAGCCUUUGCACAUUUUUACUAUAAUAUCAAGACUACAUUCUUUAAAUGUUCUGCAAGGAGGGUCUUGGCUGGUUGUGAGGGCGCGUGGCCUGCCCCUGCGAAGCCACCCCCAAGCUGGACCUUAGACCCCGCUGGACCCUCCACACAGAGUCUUUAGGACUCAGUGCCCGAUCCUGCUCACCCUGCAGGUCUCAGAGGGCGGGGCAGGCACAGCGCCAGCUUCUGGGCACUUGGGGUGCCCUAGAUGAAAGCGUGGACCCCAGCCUCUGUGGGGCCUAAAUUGUGGUGAAUCCACAUUGCUGAGACUUUCCCCCAGGUCUGGCUUUAUGUAGCCCUUCACUUCUUGGGGCAUCUUGGGGACGGUGUGGGGAACAGCUGCUAUGCUCCUCAGGACUGGGCUGGCAGGAAAGGGUGAAAGGUUGAGUUUUGCUUUUGUAAAUAUAUGAAUACUCACAAUAAAAGUGUAUCAAGAUACAUUUAUAAAUUAUUUAACGACAAUCCAUGUGUAACCUGGCAUUUCCAGCUUGUGGAUAAUAAAUUCUUUAGGAAUAAUAAACUCUUUAGGAGCACCGAUAUCCAGUUUCCUCACUUCAUCCACGUGAGAGGUGGAAGAGCUCCUGGCGAGUCCAGCACCAUUCUGAGUUUGCUCUUAUUUCAAAGCACCAAUCAAGUUAUUUCAAUGCAGACUUUUCAUUUCUAUUACCCACAGUACUUUCUAAGAUCUUAUUUUACACUGACUAUGUUGGAAACACCAGUGUUUCUAGGCAAUGGUUGUUUGUAUAAAUGAGGUGAACGGUGGAGUUAACGGGAAAUGGGCUGGAGCCAAGGCAGGUUCUGUGCUUACUGAAACGGGAGGGCACUUUGAUCCUUGGUUUGCCCCCCUCUGCUUUGGAGAGAUCCCAUCCUGAAUGCUUUGUCCGGGAAAGGACCAAGUGAGCUGGAGUUCACAUUCACUAAACAGACUGUGAUGCCUUCCAUG